GGGCCAGGUGUACACCCUCUUUGCACUGCACCUGCAGAUGAAGGAAGCUACCAUCUCUUGGGCCUGGAGGAAAAUCCUUGGGAAGGACUCCGAUUGGCUGACUUGGGUUGCAGACGCUGGCGGAUUUGCUUUGGGAGCUGAAGUAGCUGCUGCCACUGGAGUCUGGAGCUAUGAGUGGGUUUAAUUUUGGAGGCACGGGGGCCCCUACAGGCGGAUUCACAUUUGGCACUGCAAAGACAGCAACAACCACACCUGCGACAGGGUUUUCUUUCUCCACUUCUGGCACUGGAGGGUUUAAUUUUGGGACUCCCUCCCAACCAGCUGCAAGUACCCCCUCUACCAGCCUGUUCUCACUAACCACCCAAGCUCCAGCAACACAGACUCCAGGAUUUAAUUUUGGAACAACCACUCCUGCUUCAGGAGGAACUGGAUUUUCCUUAGGGAUCAAUGCUCCAAAGCUAAACUUGAGCAACACAGCUGCUACCUCGGCCAUAGCAAACCCCAGUGGCUUUGGACUCGGCAGCAGCACCCUCACCAAUGCCAUAUCGAGCACUGUCACCUCCAGCCAGGGGGCAGCACCCACCAGCUUUGUGUUCGGCUCCUCCACCACCUCUGCUGCUCCAUCCACCACAUCUGGAGGGUUUUCAUUCACUGGUGGAAGCACGUCCCAGACUGGGACCUCUGGUUUCACCAUUGGCUUGGUGGGGAAUUCAGCCCAGCCCACAGCACUUGCCGGAUUACCCUUCACUCCGACCACGCCAGCAGCCACUGGAGCAGGGGCCACACAGCCAGCUGCUCCUGCACCCACUUCAGCCACCACCAGUGCUGGGCCCACCCUCUUUGCCUCUAUAGCAACUGCUCCAAUCUCAUCCACUGCCUCCAGCCUCACCCUUGGUGCCCCAGCAACCACAGCUGGAGCUCCUGGGGCUGGGACACUAGGCUUCAGCUUAAAGGCCCCUGGAACAGCUUCUGGCACCUCCACAGCAACAUCCACCACCACCACCACCGCCGCCACCACUACCGGCUUUGCCUUGAACCUAAAACCACUGGUGCCAGCUGGGAUCUCCAGCAACACAGCAGCCACUGUGACUGCUCCACCUGGCCCCAGUGCAGCCACUGGGGUAGCCACCAGCCCCGCGAUGACCUAUGCACAGCUAGAGAGCUUGAUCAACAAGUGGAGCCUGGAGCUGGAAGACCAGGAGCGGCACUUUCUCCAGCAAGCCACCCAGGUCAAUGCUUGGGACCGCACACUGAUUGAGAAUGGGGAGAAAAUCACCAGCUUGCACCGUGAGGUAGAGAAGGUGAAGCUGGACCAGAAGAGGCUGGACCAAGAGCUUGACUUCAUUCUGUCCCAGCAGAAGGAGCUGGAAGACCUGCUGAGCCCACUGGAGGAGUCAGUCAAGGAGCAGAGUGGGACCAUCUACCUGCAGCAUGCUGACGAGGAGCGCGAGAAAACCUACAAGCUGGCUGAGAACAUUGACGCACAGCUGAAGCGCAUGGCCCAGGACCUCAAGGACAUCAUCGAGCACCUGAACACGUCUGGAGGCCCUGCUGACACCAGUGACCCACUGCAGCAGAUCUGCAAGAUCCUCAAUGCGCACAUGGACUCAUUGCAGUGGAUCGACCAGAACUCAGCACUGCUACAGAGGAAAGUGGAGGAGGUGACCAAGGUGUGCGAGGGGCGUCGCAAGGAGCAGGAGCGCAGCUUCCGGAUCACAUUUGACUGAAUGGCUCUUCAGGGCCCGCAGAUGUCAAGGGUGUUCAGUGGGGGGAAUGUGCCGUGUUGCCUAGUUUUUAGUUACAAUGAGAUACUUGUUAGCUUCUUUCUUUCUUUCAAAUGAUUGUGCUGUUGAGAGAAUUGUUCUGUUUGACUUUUUCCACUAGAAAAUAGCAAGUAUUCUGAGCCCUCUGGUCCAGGCAGCAACCUGUGUAGGUUGUAUUUCUGUAUGUUUCGUUUGCAUAUCUUUGGCUUCUUUUCACCUACUACAACUACCCACCUUAUCCUCACUCCAGCCAAGUGAUGGAGAAGUGCUGGUUCACGUAAGAAAAACCUAUUUCCCAGCCACGGUUGGUUGGGCAGCCACUCUGUCCAUGAAUAAUCGUAGGUGCAGUGAAAAAAUACUAAGGUUAAAAGAAUCUCCAACCUCAGAGAAGACAACAGCCUAGUUUUGGAGUAAAGAUGUGUACUCGUGAAAACUAACCACCAAGAUGAAGUGCAUUGUGAAUAAAUAGACAAUGGGAUAGAGAAUUUCAAAGGACAAUGGUCAGCUGAGGGAUCUGAACAGGUAUUGAAAAAAGAGUAAGAUUGGAACCAAGAGGUCUUCCCUUUGCCUGACUAACAUACCCACUCAUCCUCCAGGA